UCUAGUAAGAUCGACGAUCGAUAUGAUUGUACAAAAAUAUGAAAAUCGAGAUAUUUAGCUUAAUAAUAAAAUGGAAACUAACAAAAAAAAUUUGGUUCAAGGGAAAACUAACAAAGUUUUGGUUUCAAUGAUUCAUUAUUAGCCUUUGAUCAAGAGUCCAAAAAUCGAAGCCAACGAUUAUUAUACAGUGUGUAAUAAACAGUAAUACGUGGUAGAUUUGUAAUUAUGGAGAGUGACACAUGGCUAAUUCGUAAUUUGCAACUCGUGCACUGAAAAAAGAACAAUCCAUAUUCGAUAAUACGAUCAAACCAUCACCGAAACACUCGUGACUCGUGUUCUCAUUGAGCAUUAUUAGUCCACUAUCUUCUUAUUUUCUUCUUCUUUUUCUGGAUAAUCUCUUUGACCUCUCAUCCCAAGACAAAUAACUUCCACAAGAGAACCAUCUCUGUAAAUUCUUGACUUCUUCGACGUAUCACGUAUGAGUCGAACCAUAAUGUGAUUACUUGGUAAAGUCUCAAACUUUGUUGCUUUCUGAUAUUGAUUUGUAAUCAGAAUCUGCUGACAGAGAGGAAGAGAAAUGGCUAAUUCAUGGGAUCAGUUAGGAGAAAUUGCGUCAGUAGCUCAGCUUACAGGCAUAGACGCCCUGAAACUGAUUGGAAUGAUAGUAAACGCUGCGAAUACAGCUCGAAUGCACAAGAAGAAUUGUCGUCAAUUCGCUCACCAUCUUAAGCUCAUCCGUAAUUUGCUAGAGCAGAUAAAAAACUCUGAGAUGAAUCAACGUUCAGAGAUUCUUGAGCCGCUUCAAGGACUUGAUGAUGCUCUUAGAAGAUCUUACAUUUUAGUCAAAAGUUGUCAAGAAAAGAGUUAUCUUUACUUGUUGGCUAUGGGAUGGAACAUUGUUAACCAGUUUGAAAAAGCUCAGACCGAGAUUGAUCUGUUUCUCAAGAUCGUUCCACUCAUAAAUAUGGCGGAUAAUGCUCGCAUUCGGGAGAGGUUAGAAGCUAUUGAACGUGAUCAGCGUGAGUACACUCUUGAUGAAGAGGAUAAAAAGGUGCAAGAUGUUAUUUUGAAACAAGAAUCCACUAGAGAAGCAGCUACAUCGGUUUUAAAGAAAACGCUUUCUCGUUCCUACCCGAACAUGGGGUUCUGCCAAGCGCUUAAAACAGAGGAGGAGAAACUGCAACUUGAGUUACAUCGUUCGCGGGCGCGGUAUGAUGCAGAUCAAUGUGAAGUUAUACAACGUUUGAUUGAUGUUACACAAACUGCUGCUUCUUCUGUUGAACCUGAUCUUGAAAAGGUUUUGACUAAGAAAGAAGAGCUUACCUCUAGCAAGAAGAAAGAUGAUUUGUAUGACACGGAUAGCGAUAUUCGAACAACUUCAAGAUCAACGUCUUAUGUUUCAUCCGGACAUGAACUACUUUCGGGAAGAUCAUCGCAACACCAUGAAAAUUGGCACGCCGACUUGCUGGAUUGUUGUUCAGAACCUUGUCUUUGCUUCAAGACAUUCUUUUUCCCGUGUGGUACAUUGGCAAAGAUUUCUACUAUGGCAACUGACAGGCAAAUCUCUUCAACUGAAGCGUGUAAGAACCUAAUGGUGUAUUCUUUGAUACUCUCAUGCUGUUGCUAUACUUGCUGCAUAAGGAAGAAGCUUCGAAAGACUCUGAACAUAACGGGAGGGUGCAUUGACGACUUUUUGUCACAUCUAAUGUGUUGUUGUUGUGCCCUUGUCCAAGAACUGAGAGAAGUCGAGAUUCGUGGAGUUUCUUACGAGAUGAGUAAUAAGGAAAUGAGUCCACCAACACCUCAGUUCAUGGAAGAAUGAUGCUUGUCCAACACGAAACAGAAUUGAGUUUUUAUGAUGAAAUGAAUCUUCUAAUUUCAUUGUUGACAUCGCGAUUUAACGUAAAUUAGUUUUGGAAAAAUACUCCAUAGAGAUUUUAGAACGUUCCUUACUCUAUACUACAUGCAAUAUGUGAUUAUGUAGGUAACAACUCAAUGUAAACAGUAGACCUUUUGAAGAAAAAAUCAUUUAUGGUUGAAUUUAUAAGUUA